CUCCGCCGCCGCCCGCCGAGGAGGGGACAGCGACAGUCGGGAGCACGGGAGAGGGACGCACCCUCCCCCGCCGCCAACCCGCUUCCUCCUCCUUCUCCUCCUCCUCCUCCCCCGCCUCCGCCUCCGCCUCCGCCUCCCGGCCGGGAAGAGCUCGCCGUGCCCGCUGCAGCCCCGCUGGAUGCACUGAGCGCUCGGGCGCGGGGAAAGAGGGGCAGGAGGGAGCCGGGAGCCUCGCCGCGGAGGCGCUGCGCUACCCGGAGCCUCACGGCCGUUUGCUUUAAUUCUUUUAUUGCCCCCCGGCCGCCUCCUCCUCUCUGCCCGCGGGAGCCAGCCGAGGCGGCGGGGGCUGCAUCCCCCCUCCCCCCCUUUUUUUUUUUUCAUUUUUUUUUUUAAUUUUCAUCGCCGCCAUGGGAUGUACCCUGAGUGCUGAGGAAAGAGCCGCCCUGGAGCGGAGCAAGGCCAUCGAGAAGAAUCUGAAGGAGGACGGGAUCAGCGCGGCCAAAGACGUGAAACUACUCCUGCUCGGAGCCGGAGAGUCGGGAAAAAGCACCAUCGUGAAGCAAAUGAAGAUCAUCCAUGAGGAUGGCUUCUCUGGAGAAGAUGUGAAGCAGUACAAGCCAGUGGUCUACAGCAACACUAUACAGUCCCUGGCAGCUAUUGUCCGUGCCAUGGACACCCUGGGCAUUGAGUACGGCGACAAGGAACGACGGGCUGAUGCCAAGAUGGUCUGCGAUGUCGUAAGUCGGAUGGAGGACACAGAGCCCUUCUCUCCAGAGCUGCUGUCAGCUAUGAUGAGGCUCUGGGCAGACUCUGGGAUCCAGGAAUGCUUCAACCGGUCCCGGGAAUAUCAGCUUAACGACUCAGCCCAAUACUACCUAGACAGCUUAGAUCGAAUUGGAGCUGCAGACUACCAGCCCACGGAGCAGGAUAUCCUCCGAACCAGGGUCAAAACAACUGGCAUCGUAGAAACCCAUUUCACAUUCAAAAACCUCCACUUCAGGCUCUUCGAUGUCGGGGGCCAGCGGUCAGAACGCAAGAAGUGGAUCCACUGCUUUGAGGAUGUCACAGCGAUCAUCUUCUGCGUGGCGCUGAGUGGCUACGACCAGGUGCUCCAUGAAGACGAAACCACGAACCGCAUGCACGAAUCUCUGAAGCUUUUUGACAGCAUCUGCAACAACAAAUGGUUCACAGAUACAUCUAUCAUCCUGUUUCUAAACAAGAAGGACAUAUUUGAGGAAAAAAUUAAGAAAUCUCCACUGAGUAUCUGCUUUCCUGAGUACACAGGCCCCAACGCGUUCACGGAGGCGGUGGCGUACAUCCAGACCCAGUACGAGAGCAAGAACAAGUCGGCCAACAAGGAGAUCUACACUCACAUCACCUGCGCCACCGACACCAACAACAUCCAGUUCGUCUUUGACGCCGUCACAGAUGUCAUCAUCGCCAACAACCUGCGGGGCUGUGGACUCUACUAAAGGCCCUCCUCCUCCUCCUCCUCCUCCUCCUCCUCCUCCUCCUCCUCCUCCUCCUCCUCUCCUGGCACCGCCCGGAGCCUCCUCCGCUCCCGUGGACAGGUCCUCCCUUUCCUUGUUUUUUCCUCCUCAGAAGAUGACAAGGAAGAAAUGCAUAAUUCCCUCUUCCUCUCCCAGAAAACUCUGCAGCAAGUUCUGCUUUCCCCAGACCCAUUUUGUUUUAUUUUGGUUCAUUUUUCGGUUCAUUCCCUUGCUGCCCCAUUCUACUCCUCCGUUCCAAUUCACAGUGUUGUGCAGGGAGCUAACGCAUUUCCCACGAAGUGCAUUUCAACUGCCAAAAGACAAAAAUACUUCAGUUUUAAAGAGAGAAAAAAAGUCAAAGCCUUAAAAUACUGGUCAGGAACAGUGUAGUUUGGAACCAAAACUUUUAUUUUGCCUUGAAAAUUAAGAGAUAUUGUUCAUUCUCCUGGUUAUUUGCCCUUUUUAAAAAACACUAUUCCUUUGGGAAGUGCUGAAUACAACCUGAUUAUUUGAGAGUACCUUACAGCUCCAGUUCUGACCCCAAAGCUGGAGGGUUUGGUGUUGAAUGCAGCCACCACAGCUUGGAUUUGUACAUUCUCCUUUUUUCCAGACAGCUAUUUGAACAAGUAAAACAGCCAUAUCGAGUUCUGCUGGUGUCUGAGUAACAGGGACACAGUAACAAAGCCUACUAAGCCUUGUCUAAAAGCAUUCAUUACUGGUAGGAGUUUUACCUCAAGUUCUUCAAAAUUAAUGAUAAAAUUUAUCUAGUGGUUGCUGUAACCCAUUUCUGAGGCACUUCCAUGGAGGUCAUGUAGGCACUGGCCUGGGACCCCUGAAGUAGGCAGUGAAGAUGCCCCAGGAAUGGUGUCCUGAUGGAGAUUUCACACUCAGUGGCACUCUGACAAGGAAUCCAACCUGGGGACCUUUCCCACAGCACCUCCCAGCCUUAGUGAUUCAGCAGAGGUGGUGCUCCUGCAAACACACAGCAUCACUUUCCAAACUUCAGCCUUGAAAUGCUGGGGAGCACAAAAAAUAUUUAACCCUGGCUUCUGUAGGCAGAGUCUGAUUGCCAAGUGCCUGAGAUAGGAAAGGUGCUUUGGGAAACUUCCCCAUGCUUGGGCAGCAGCAAAGUGUGCAAGAACCUCGUGGCCCUUCAUUGUUCCUUGGGCAUCUGAACCCCUUGAGAAGCACAACCUUGUGCUCUGAGCCCCCUUGGCUGAGUACAAGCUUUCCUGUGUCACCUGUGCCUCAGCAGGGCUGGUGUCUCCAGUCAGGGCAUCUCCUUACCAGGACUGAGAUGGAUGCUAACACUGGCAAAGGAGAGCUCAGGGAGCUGGUUUGGGUCAAGUGAUGGAGUAGGAAGGAAAAGUGAAAGGGAAGGAAGAAGGAAGGGCAGAGAAGAGGAGUGAGAAGGAUGAGGGUAGCACCCAGCACAGCAAAACUGGGGGCUCAGAGAGGACAAAUGCAGGUGGGCUGAGGUAUGUGUGGCCACCACCAAGAACUCUGGGUACUGCUGAGUCAAAGGCAGAAGGGAAUGUGAGAAGUGGGGUGUCACCUCUGGGGACAUGGAGGGACUCUGAGAAGUCCACCCCAAAAGCUUCUUAGUUGUCUUGGUGAGACAACCACCGCUAAGAUCCCACUCAGGGCCCUCCUCACCUGAGGCAGGCGGGCAAUGUUGAUCCCUGCCUCUUCUCUGCCUCUCUUAGAAGUCCAUUACCUUGAAAAACAUGAACCUUUGCAGGCUGGCCAGAAGUUCAGCUGUCCUCUCUUGGGAGCCUGAUCUAGGAGUGGCUUUCAGGUCUCAGGAGGUCUCUUCAGGCUGUGGUUGAGAGGGACAGUAUCUCUUCUCACUGUGCCCAUUUAGGAGAGACGGUGUGAGAGCAGCCCAGAGCAGCACAGCCCGAAGGGGAGGGCCCAGGUGAGUGUCAGUGCAGGAGGCAGUGACAGGAACACAUAUGGUGGCACAGGAGGGAGAGGACAGGGGGAGAGGCUUAGGGGACGUUUUGGGAGACGAGCUGCAGAAGGGAGACGAGGCAGAUUGA